AUGCCCUCGGCAGACCAGAGGAAGGCCUCGGCACCGGGGCUAUAUCGAGGCCAAUAUUCAAAGUACAAGGUUACACGCGGGCGUCAGAGGGCCGGUUCCAGACCAGUCCGACCAGCUGAGGAGAGCCACAGACACGGCAGCGAUCACCCAGACGGCGUCGACGACAACGUUGGACGGGCUGUGGCUCAGCGGUGGCGAGGGCGUGAGGCGCAGGCCCCGGGUUGGAUCAUGGUGAUGAUGGUGGUGUGUCAGGCUUGGAUCACGGCGAACGGGCGGGCAUGGCUGCUAGAUGGGGGGGAGAACCUGUCUACAGGGGGCCUGAAACGUAAGAAUAGGCCACUGGAGGAAUUUGGGAGCUUGGUUCCUUGGAUGCUGGGCUGGGCGUGCAGCCCUGCUGUGCGAUGA